AUGAAUACCUAUAUCGAUAGUAAUUACAACAACAAUAACAACGAUAUCAAUAACAAUAACAUAAACAACAAUAUCAAUAACAACAACAACAACAAUAAUGAGAAACAGAUAACAAUAUAUCAUGAUAACUUACAAGUCAUAUUACAUAAUGAGGACUUACAAAAGAUAGUGUUAUGGGACCCUCAUAGCUUGAGCGCAGUGGUCAAGGACUCACCUGCCAAUGUACAUAUAGAGACAAAGAAGAUAGGAUCAGGGGGAUUCGGUGCAGUGUAUCACUGUCGUCAUUUAAUCAACACUGUUGAUCUUGGUGAAUAUGCAGUCAAGAAGGUACCAGUUGGUGAGAAUCUACCAUGGUUAUAUCAGGUAUUACAAGAGGUGAAGGCAUUGGAGACACUACAGAAGCAUAAGAACAUCAUCAACUACAAGCACUCAUGGUUAGAGUAUGAUCAGCCAGCAAACUUUGGACCAAAGAUACCAUGUCUAUUCAUCCUCAUGGAGUAUGCCAACAAUGGCAACCUCUACGACUACAUGGCAGAGAAGCAAAUACUUCCAGAGAAUGAGAUAUGGAGUUUCUUCAUUGAUUUGUGUCAAGGCAUUGGAUAUCUUCAUCAUUCAGAGAUCAUUCAUCGUGAUUUGAAGCCUCAGAACAUCUUGUUGCAUCAACAUUAUGAACCAGCUUGUGAUAGUCUAGUGACUCACUUGAUGAUAAGUGACUUUGGCACAUGUGACACUGUGUCUGGGUUCAAAGAGCGAUUGAAGAGGACGGGCAACACUGGUACAAUGGAGUACGUGGCGCCAGAACUGCUGCAGAAGAACUCAAACGGCGAGUACUUUGUCAAGAGCAAUGAGAAGUGUGACAUCUGGUCGCUGGGCAUCCUGCUCUAUGAGCUUGCCUAUGGACGACUGCCAUUCCGAUACUCUGGCAACCCAUUCUCUGAUAGUGAUCCAGACAGGAACAUCGAUCUACUCGCCACCGAGAUUGAAGAGUUCAAGGAUACCAAGCUAUUCCUACCCACCACGCCCCCUAGAUCCAAGGAGAUUAAGGAAACGAUCAUAGCACUGUUGCGAAGAAGUCCUUAUGAUAGACCAUCAAUCAAUCAAAUACUGGCAACACCCUUUGUACAAAUGAAGACCAAACUACUGUCCAUACAUCCAAUUAACAUCGUGAGAGAGUCUCCAUCGAUAAGGAAGGCAACGAUUAGGAAACGAAACCUUAAGAAGUCGAAAGAGGUCUUGGUUGAGCAGAUGGAUACAUACGACACAGACAUAUAUACGAAUCAAACAACAUCGACAUCCACAACUUCAUCAAUGUCCUCUAGUCAACUCGGACGUUCAGAUGAUCAUAUUAUACGCAGUGAAGAGCUGGCAUCCCCAUUAGUACCGCCAAUCUCCUCAUCAUCAUUAGUCAUCCGCACAACACAUCAACAUCAGCAGCAUCAACAACAUCAGCAACAGCAUCAACCACCACGCUCACCUUCAUCAUCUUCAAUGCCCGCUCACAUGGGUGAACUGAGUCCAAGGUCUCAACUCCAACUUCAAAUUGGUGGCAAUGACAUGCCUCACGCAGGAGGCCACAAGCCAAACAAACCAAACAAACCAAACAAGCCACUGAGUGACGCCCAGAUAUUCUACUAUAUCGUCCAUACCGCCAUACUCCUAUUCCAGGUGUGGACACUGUUGGAUCAAUGUCUCCCUGAUGGCAUCCCCAAUGCAUCACUAAUGUAUCCAACAUUGUUCAUCUCAGUCCUGCCACUCUUUUUCAACAGGAAACAAAGAGUUGCAUUGACAACAGUGUUCACGAUUAGAGUGUUAUGGUUUGUAGUUAUGACUACAUUACUUCCAAACAAUGGAUGUCAGCUACUCAAUAAUGAUGGCAACAAAGGAACACAGACAGAGAUGGAGACAACAACACCUUCACGUUCAAGCAACAUCGGCUACUCUUUAUUGACCUAUUUUGUCAGUCUAAUAUCUCUCAUUACAUAA